AUGUUGCGCCUCUUCUCUUUCCACCUCCUAGAAUUCUGGCUGCUGCUGAGCCCCGCUUCUGGAGUGGUACCUCCUGGAUGGCUGGACGAAGUCAUCAAGCUAUGUGGCCGUGAAUUAGCCCGAGCCCAAAUACACAUUUGCGGCAAGGUCUCCUUGAGAGCCAUGGCUAUGGGCCAAGAGGAAGAGCGUCUUCUGGGAUCUGGAUCACCCACAGAAACCAUGAUAUCCUCUAUCAACAAAGAUUUAGACUACCAAAAUAUGUUGCAAGUCAUUCCUAAUUUGCCACAAGAGUUGAAGGCAGCACUGUCUGAGAGGCAGCCAUCAUUACUACAGCUAAAACAAUAUGUACCUGCAUUAAGGGAUUCAAACGUUGGAUUUCAAGACCUUAAGAAAAUUAUUCAUAAUACACACGAUGAAGCAGAAGACAACAGUCAUCCAGUAUUAAAAUACUUAGACUUGAAUACUCAUUCACCAAAAAAGAGACAACUUGAUAUGUCAGUGAGUGAGAAAUGUUGCCAAGUUGGUUGUACCAGAAGAUCUAUUGCAAAAUUGUGCUGA